CAACUGCUGACAAGAUAUUUGUGGAUUUACUUAAUAAAGGAGUUGGGAAAAGUUGGAGAAGGGAGGGUGGGGAGCAUCACAUAUACGUACACAUGCUUAAAAUGUGAUCGUCUCUUCCUGAUCUGGCCAGACCCAGAAUAUAAAACAGAAAUGGAUCUGGGUAAUGGGUCCUGGCCCUUUUUGGUGCUUCCAGCAUGCGUGAGGACCUGAUGAGACAAAUUCCGUGGCAGUUAGAAAGCGAAAUGGCUGCCAAGAUGGCGCAGAGGGAAAAUUUAGUCUUGACCUUCCACACUCCUGAGGUUCCCAAAAUAAAGGGAAACCGGAAAUAUCAAAGGCCUACCCUCCCCACCAACAAACAUCCGAGUGCCUCGAUGCCACCCCAGAGGCGGCAGCAUCUUGUGGAUGAGAUACACACCUACAUCCGACUGUUCUGUGGCAGCCUCUGUGGUUUUAGCCUCCUAAUGCUGAUCUGCGUGUCCCCACUGAACUGGGUGCAGUUCCUGGUGAUCAAGAAUGGCCUUGAGCUCUACGCAGGACUCUGGACCUUAUGCAACCAUGAGCUGUGCUGGAGCCACACACCCAAGCCACCCUAUUAUCUCCAAUAUUCCAGGGCCUUCUUCCUCAUCUCCAUCCUCACCAUACUCAUUGGCCUUGGCUGGCUCUUCAGCUCUUGCCUCCCUAGAAGAGAAAGCACGACCCACAGCCUGGAUCUGAAGGUAUCCACGCUCAGCUUCAUCUCAGCCACGUGCUUGCUCCUCUGCCUCAACCUGUUUGUGGCACAGGUUCACUGGUAUACUACGGAUGCCAUGGAGUCAGAUCUUCUAUGGGCCUAUCAUCUUAACUGGGGGAGUGACUUCUUAUGCACGUUUGCUGGAAUCAUCUCUUUUCUCAACUACUUAAGUUCCAGAUCUCGUCCCCCUAAUCAAAAUGUCACUGUGAUUCCAAUAGAGAAAUCAAGGCUGGGGAUUGGUCCAGUGACUACAGUAUCACCUGCUAAAGAUAAAUUGUCAAAACAGUUAAAGUCUAAGACGGAAUCUCUAAGAGAGUCAGGAAAAAAACUACCAAAAAAACUACCAAAUGCAGCAGUGUGACGGUGAUAAGAAACCCUAACUAUUGCUUUUCUUAACAACAGGGGAGAAGCUGAGUUGGGAAUGAUUGUGCAAAUUCUAGGAAACCCUCCUAAUAUCAUGUCCAUAUUACUGAAGGAGACAACAUUAAAGUUGAUGAAACACC